CAAAAAAGUACGUGGACUCUGGAAUUUUCGUUUAUUAAAGUCGUACUAAAAUUGUAAAACUAUGGCUAAAGAAGAGAAUUUCGAUAAAAAAAGUGAAAUUUUAUAUGAAGUAAGAUAUUUACCUACAGAAAAAUUUGAGAAUGGCCAAAAACUCGAACCAGAAUUAAAAAAUGAGAAAAGACCCGAUACGCUAUUUCUGUAUAUUUCUAUAAUACUAGCUGAAAUGCUCAUAGUCGUAUCAGGAGCUAACGUAGUAUGGACAUCACCUGCUUUGGUUAAACUUUAUUCCAAUGACACGGAGGUAAAUCCAGUUGGAAGACCUGUAACAACCAUGGAAGUUUCAAUGAUAGCUGGACUUCCGUCUUUGAGUGCUUUAAUUGGUACUAUGGUGUUACCCAAAAUAUCUGACUUUUUAGGAAGAAAAAGGCAUUUACUGCUUAUGGGAUUAUGGACGCUUCUAGGCGGUGUAGCAUUAGCUUUUAGUACGAAAGUUAUUUAUGUAAUCAUUUCAAGAUCUUUUCUUGGUUUCGCUAUAUCCGGUGCUUGGACUAUUGUACCAAUAUAUAUAGCUGAAAUCUGUGAAAACCACAAUAGAGGAAAAUUCGGUUGUUUUCUGGGGUUAUUUCACCAAAUUGGACAUUUCUUUGCUUUCGUUGUAGGUCCUCUUUUUUCUCUAAGGAAUUUCAGUUUAAUUAUAACAGCACCGAUACUAAUUUUUCUCAUAUUCUUCGUCCUAAUUCCCGAAAGUCCCAUCUAUUUAAUGUCGAAAGGUAAAGAGAAGGAGUGUAAAGAGGCCUUAAGGAAAUUUAGAAAUAAUAAAAGCGAAGAAGACUUAGAAAAGGACUUUCUUCAGAUAAAAGAAACUUUAAAAGGUAGAGCUGAGGCCAAAAAAGCUAACGUGUUGGAUUUGUUUAAGAAAAGAGAGAAUAGAUUUGCUUUGAUGUUGGCUUUACUUCCAUUAUUAGUUCAGCAUUUUUCUGGUAUAUCGAUAAUAAUGACCUAUUUGGCACCGUUUUUUAAUGCGGCUGGUACGAGUAUUUCAGGGAAUAUCGCUGCUGUUAUAGUCUCGAUGGUCAAAAUAUCGUGUUACAUUUUUACCUCUUUUGUGGUAGAAAGAUUCGGGAGAAGGCGAAUGCUAUUAAUUUCAGCUACAGGUACUGGUAUUCCACUUUUUGCACUAGGAAUGUAUUUCUAUUUACAAUACACUAAUUCAGAUUUGUUACAUUUUCUGCAAUGGCUUCCUUUAGUUGCAAUUCUGUCUAACGUCUUCAUAUAUUCAAUGGGUAUAGGUCCAGUUCCAAUGGCUGUCAUCAGCGAACUUUUCCCAUCUGAUCUUAGGGCAGCUUCUAGUGCUGUUAUAAACACAGUGGUUACUACUAUCGUAUUUGGUUUAACAUCUGGUUUUCCGCUAUUUUCAGAAGCAUAUGGAAUCCAUUGGUGCGUAUGGAUGUUUAGUUUGUGUUGCUUUGUUGGUGCUAUUUUAAUAUAUUUCUUUUUACCAGAAACGAAGGGCAAAAGUUUUAGUGAGAUACAGGAAAUGUUAAAAAUGUAUUAACAGUUAUAAUAAGAAUAAACAAUUAUUAUUAUAAAUAA